AUGCUAGUCGAUUCGUGCUCUGUCUCCCCUGAUAUAAUGACGGACGAGCCGGUAGGGGAGCGUAGGCCCCUGCUUUUGGCGGCUCUAGCAGAGGCCAUCGAGAGCGAGAGGCUUGUAAAGGAAGCUGUGAAAUCGCUGAGAGCUAAUACAGAUGGCUCCAUAUCUGAGUGCCAGGAGUCGCUGCAGCGAACACUUGACGAGGCCUUCGACUUGGUUCGCUUGCUGCUCGCCAGAGGAGCGUCUCUCUCGGUGCCUUCUGAACGAGGAGUUUUCCCACUUGAAUAUGCUAUUAAAAAACACAGCCUGAGGGCAGCAGCUUUGUUGUUAGCCUCACCACAGUGCAGCGACAAAAGAAGUAGAGCGAGUUUUCCGCUACCCAGUGGCCUGACUCCCCUCCACGUGGCCUCUGCAGCAAACAACGUGCCCUUGGCCACCUUGCUGCUGAAGGAGGACGCCUCCACCGAGCUACAGGCAAGCGCAGUUUGUCAGAGCUGCCUUGGCACUGCAGCAGUCUCCGUUGCGUGCACUCCCCCUGCUCCAGAGGGGCUCCGUCCUCUCCAGUCUGUGCAUAUGACCCUCCCUCUUUGUCGCGCGUGUUUAGUCAAGGCGAGAGACGAACGGGGCUGCACUGCAGCCUUUUACUGCGGAAGUCGCCCCAUGCUGAGGCUGCUGUUAGACAGCGGCUCACCUCUGGAGUCUCGCAGCAGCGCGGGAGAUACUCUGCUUCAUGCCCUUGUCUACAACGCCCGCCGCUUUGUGGACCCCGUGCCAGCUAGCAGCGUUCAAGAAGCGAUAGAACAUGAACAAUAUGAAGGAACAGAGGCAGAACGCUCACUGAUCACCUGCAGGUGUAUGGGCUGCAAAGGGCCACACGAAACCCCAGGUGGUUCUGCUCUUUGCCGCAUAAUGCUGCUACUGCAGCGGGUUGGUUCAUUUUCAUCUGGGAACCCCAACCCAAGCGACUCGAGAAAUUCAAGAAAAGUCACAGACUUCAUCAACACGCGUAACCACGCAGGCUGGACAGCGCUGCAUCUAGCUGCCUCCCGGGGCUAUUCAGACGUCUGCAAGGUGAGGACACUUGACGCAUACGAAAUACAGAUGUACGGCACGAGGCUCAUUGAUACCUGGUCGAGUCAUCGUAUGGUCGAGUCAUCGUAA